GCCUCCCAUUGGCCGGCGGGCGGGGGCGGGCGGGCCGCUUUGUGACGUCACGAUCAGCUGUCGGGAGGUCCCGAUUUGUGCGGGGCAGCGGCGGGCGCGGCGCAGAACCGCGCGGUGCGCGCUCCCGCCCUGCCUCCGGCCCCGACAGCGACACCGGCAAGGUCUUUGCACUGAAGCCAAGAGAAGAACCUCAUAACUGCACUGCACGCCCUUUAACUCAGCUGAGACUUCGUUAGCAGCAAAACACCCCUGCCCCAAGGAAGGACCUCCAACGCUGUCAAGCUCCGUGCCCCUCUGCCUCUCCCUGCAUUGAGGCAGGCGCUCAGCAGUAGCUUUAUUUCUGUCCUGCCCCAUCUGACCACUUCCCACCAUGUUCCAGCGUCUCACCAGUCUCUUCUUCAGCGACAGCAGCACGCCAGAGGGCCUGGAGGAGCCCAAGCCCUUUGUCUCUGAGGAGGAGGAGGAGGAUGGAUGGCUUAUAAUUGAUCUUGGAGGCGGUGCCACCCGCCCCGGCACACAGCGGUGGGCCGGGGCCUGCGGGUGCUCGGUGAGGCCCUGCCUGGUGCAGCCACCUGCCCCGGCCCACGCCCGCAGCCCCGUGCCUGCCCUGCCCGGCCCCUGCUUGAUGGACGAGAGUUGGUUUGUCACCCCUCCCCCAUGUUUUACUGCAGAGGAGCCCGGCCCCGAUGGCGUGGGCAGCAGCCCCAUGGAGGACCUGCUCAUCGAGCACCCCAGCAUGUCUGUCUAUGUCACCAGCACCCUCGAGCUGGACGUGGAGGAGCCGCAGGACUCCACUGCUGGGGAGGUGCCAGAGCCCCGGCUGGAGCGGCACAUGCCGCACCACAGCACGUCCCUGUCAGUGAAGGCUGCCAUCCUGGAGAAGGUCAGCCAGGCACGGCGGGUGCAGCGGGCCAAGCAGCUGGCAGAAAAGCCAUGGCUCAGCCAGAAGGCGCUGCAGCGGCAGGACCGGGCCCGACAGCGCCCGGCCCGCCGGGCCCGACAGCAUGUGGGGAGCUUCCUCCACCAGCCCUGCCAGCGCCACUGCAACUACUGACCUUGCCAGCGGCCGCCCCGCUGCCACGGCACCUCCCGGCGGGGCUCGGCCUCCCUUCGACACCAGCCCCAGUGCCGCCACUCCGCCUCCCCGCACCCCUCACGUCUCCAGGCCCACGCUGGCAUUGCCUCACGCAGCACGGGCCGGGAGAGCGGUGCCGUCCUCUGCCCCGUGCCCGUCCGUCCACCAGCGUCUGCGUGGGGCAGUGGUGCCCCCUGUGAAAUCGCCCCGUUCCAAAAUUCAUGGAGAAGCCUGUUCUUUUGUGUCCUGAAGAGCCUGUGACAUCAGUGCCUUUCUUUAUGACAUCAUACUCCUCCACGUAAACAGACUGUGAUGUCACAAGCGGAUACCAAGUGGAAGUGCAAAGAGGAACAAAGCAAUGAGGUUUGGUAUUUUUAGGAAAAUAUCAUCAAUGACACUAAAUAAUGCUUCCUCCCCCACACCUCCACUGCUCCUGGUGUCUCAGACCAGAGCAGAGAUGGGACCCUGCUAUCGCCGCAUGCUGGUGACAUUGCUGCUAGGGCCUGAUCUUGUCCCUUCUCAGCGUGGCCCCCACGGCACAGCACUGCCCUGCUCCAGCCCCAGGCCUGGCAGUGCCUGUGAUGCUCUCAGCAGGUGGCCUUGGUGGCUCCAGCACAGGUAAAACCAGCAAACCCCAUCCCAGCCGAAAUUUCUUAAUUGUACUUUUACCACAAUAAUACAAAAACCCCACUGCCAUUCCCACAAGAAAGCCAGGCAGGUCUCGGUGUUUUGUGUUUUUAAAGACAACAUUACAAGAAAUCUCAGGAAACAAAGCACUGACCCAGGAGCUGUUUGAGCAUCACUGAGGAGAGCAUGGUCUGCAGGGAAGUGGCGUCAGCGUGGGGAUGUUGGUGGGGUCACCACAACCUUCAGCAAGUGUUGGUCCCACCAAGCUGCUGGCCACGAGCAAGCCUCAAGGUUGUGUGCUCCUCCUGGAGCCACUCACCUGCGCUGGCUGUACCCACAUAACACAUUUAGACGUACAUAUGGACAAGUACAUGUCUGUAUGUUUAUAUGCACUUGGAUGAGGCACUGUUUGAGCCAAGGAACAUUGACUGCCCUGCAUCACUCCCUGGAAGACAGCAGAGAAGGGGACUCGCACAGCCUCCCUGAGGUGGUGGAAGCACGUUGGAGCUAGUGGUGAGAGGAUGUGAAAUGAGAGCAGCGAGGAGGUCGGGUGUGAGCAAGAGGCCAGGGGAAAAGGCUGAACUGAGGGCGAGGAUGGAAACAGAGCGGCUGUGACGCGCGAGCUCAUGCGGAGCUGGUACCAUGGUCCUGGCUGCGGUGGGAGGAAGACCAGGGCUGGCACUGCCACUGGACUGCAGUCACGCAGGGAACUCCCCAUCUGGCCCCACCAACAAUCGCAUAUUUCACACGACGGGCCAAAUUCAGUCAUGGGCAACGCUGAUUUUUAAUGCUGCUGCACCCAGGCUGCUCCAGGGAGCAAGCACCCCACUGGAGAGUCUGCCCUUCAGCAUUGUUAACACCCAUAACAUCAGUGUCUGAACUGGUUUUAAGUCACUGUGGUAGGUCCAACCUUGGACUGUUGAUUUUUUAUUUUUUAUUUUUUUUUCUAAUGAGAGGAAAAAAACACCCACAAGCCCUUCUGUAACUACCAGCCUCCUGGAUCUGUGACUGAGAAACCUGGACCUCAUGGGAAGUGGCUGAUACUGUUUGCCUGCAGAGUGUAUCUUUAGCUCUGAUGACACAGCAUUCCCAAAAGCAUAGAAAGAAUGAAAAUUUAUUUCAAAUAUCUAUUUUAAGCCACACGUCAGAGCCUCUCAGUUUCAAUUCUUCCAGGCCAGUUUCUUGUUCAAGUCCUGCUGGGAUUGUGCAGAGGCCUGCAACGCUCAUCACAUGCGCAUGGCACAAGCUGCCAUGCUGCUGAAAAAGGUGCAGGCAGCGACAGCGGCCGACAAGCCCUUUGCCAGGCACAACGCCGGCCAUAUCCUGCACCUGCAGCCAGUACCUGCUCCGGGACUGGCGCCUGCACCACAGUCCCAUUUCUAACAGAAACCCCCAUUUCAAAUUCUGCUUUCUAAUUUCAAUAAAAGGCACAGUAAAAGCUUCCCAGGCAGAAAACGGGCUAUUCUGUUCCACUGCUUUUUCAGCCUUUCUAAUAAAUCCGGAGGUAGCAGAGCUUAUCUUCACAGCCGAGAUGAACGAGCUGGGGAGCCCAGUGCUCCCUCGGGCCUUCCUCAUCCCCCUGCCUCUCGCUGGGCACCGUUGCAGCAGAGCCGUGAGGCUGCGCUGAGCACACCAUCGCCUGGCAGACAGGAUGCGCGAUUUCAUUUCUCCUCCAGAGACUGAUGACUCCUUGACUCCAGGGGAAAGUUUACAUCCUUUGGCUUCCUUGGCUUCACGUUAAAUGCCUUCUUAUUUCUAAAGUGAUCCCUGAGAUAAACUGGGAGCAUUGCAAACAAAUGCUGCCACAAGUGCUGCUGAAGGCAAAAGGGGAUGUUCUGAGCACUCGGGUGCCUCUGCCCAGAAGGUUCAGAGUGGCAAAGGAGGGCUGGGGCUGAAUCCUGGAGCCGCACCCCUUGUCUCACUCUUUCCCACGGCUCUGCAUUGUGUCCUCUGUGGCCACCGGGCUGUUCCCUGCCCAGGCAAUGCCUUCAAAGGAAGAAUUUUCUCUCUAGCCCAAAAGUACAUCAAGAAGUGGACAACCAUAGCAAUUUCUGCCUCCCAGCUCAUAUUCACCUACUGCAAGUUCUGCACUUCUGAGAUGCUGCUGCAGAGAGCUCCUGAAACCAGGGUUGGCUGCGACACCUUUGCCCCUUCCUCAGCUGAGAGGUGCAAAUGUGCUGGGGCCACCACCCCGGGUGGUGACUCACCCCCAGGUGCUCGCAAGCAUUGCUCCAGUAAGAGAGCCCCGUGCCGACACCAUCCUUGGCCUCCUGCUCGUGCAGCCCCUGGCAAAGCCCCCACUGGCUCAGCAGUGCCAGCUGUGCCCUGUUAGUGCCCAUCAUCUGUUUCAAAUAGCUAAUGCUGUUACUAUGUCCCAUUUUGGGGAAGCGACUGCAAAAUAUUUUGGUUUCCUUUCAUCUUUCUGUGCCAGUCUGAUACAUCUUUCAUCAUGCUACUCCCAGCCAACACUGGAAAAAAAAAAAGCAGAACUAUUAUCACACUUGAUAUCAAGAGUAUCUUUAUAAAGGGUUAAUAAAUUAUUAAUAAUGUUUUAAUGAAGAGGUUAAUCCAGAUUUGUAGCAUCCCACAGGUCAAUGAAGUGCAUUUACUGUGGUGAAUAGGCUCCUGUGGUCCCCCCCUCUGUUGUUUGCACACGUAUUAAUAUUUACUAAUCAUGUAUUAACCCCAUACAAAGUGAGUACUGAUGUACCUAUCACACAUUGUGACUGACACUUCUUAUGCUGUGGCAGAGACAUGUUUGAACAGUGCUUUGCAGAAGCCCUGCAAUGCUUCUGAUCUGUACAGUGGUGAUCACUACAGUUGGCCUGAUACCAAAUCUCCUGGCCUAGUAUUGUAAGAUCAAGGAAAACCCUUUACACUGAGAUUAUGAGUCUCCUCAAAUCUUAAAACAAAUGAAAGGUGCUUAAAAAAAAAAAAAACUUUUUUUGCUUGUG